CUUUGCCUUUUCAAUUGUGCAUCGUCGACGAAAGCGUAGCCCUUCAGGGCAUGCCAACGCCACGCCAGCCUCCUCCCAGAUUUGCCUUCUCGCUUCUCUGGAAUCAAUCCAGCCUGCUUGCUUGCCUUGAAUUUCUUCAUAGUCGUUGAAACUCUCGCAAGGAUACGUGCAUACGAUAGACGCAUUCGAGUUUUCUGUGUUGUCUCGCUCAUCGUAUUUGAGUGCGCGGAGGCUUUUGAGGUGUGUGACUGCAGGAGGGAAGGAGGAAGGAAGCGGCCAUGCAGGCCACUCAGUUGUUGCUGGAGGAGCCCAUCCGGCUGGCCUCCAUUCUGGAACCGUCGUCGCCUACAGCAUUCUCAGCUCUCACGAAGAUUAUCGGAACCCUAGGCCCGCAAUCGCGCGAUGUGGAGACCAUCGAAGCGCUGCUCAAGGCGGGCAUGUCCGUUGCCCGAUUCGAUUUCUCGUGGGGGAACGAUGCAUACCACCAGGAGACGCUGGAGAACCUGAAGAAGGCCGUGCGGAACACGCGCCGGCUGUGCGCCGUGAUGCUGGACACCAUCGGUCCGGAGCUUUGUGUGCUGAACAAGGAGGAGCAUGUGAUUGAGCUCCAGGAGGGGGCGACGGUGGUGCUCACGGCGGACGAGACCAGAGGGGCUUCCGCGGAGGUUUUGCCGUUGAAUUACGAUGGGCUGGCGUCCGCGGUGACGAAAGGGGACACCAUUUUUCUGGGGCAGUAUCUGUUCACGGGGAGCGAGACCACCUCCGUGUGGUUGGAGGUCGUGGAGACCCAAGGCAAGGACGUGGUGUGCACCGUGAAGAACACGGCAACCUUGACCGGGAGCUUGUUCACGGCCCAUAUGUCGCAGGUACGCAUCGAGCUCCCCACCCUGAGCGAGGCCGAUUUGAAGACCAUGGCUACGUGGGGCGUGAAGAACCAGAUCGAUUUUGUGUCGCUCUCGUACACUCGGCACCCGGACGAUGUGCGCGCUUGCCGCGAGUACUUGGACAAGCUCGGGGAUCUUCGCCAGACGCAGAUCUUUGCGAAGAUCGAGAAUUACGAAGGGUUGGCGCACUUUGACGAGAUUUUGGAGGAGGCGGACGGCAUCAUUUUGUCCCGCGGUAACCUAGGAAUCGAUCUGCCCCCCGAGAAGGUGUUUUUGUUCCAGAAGGUGGCGCUGCAGAAGUGCAAUGCUGCAGGAAAGGCUUCCAUCGUGACGCGCGUGGUGGAUUCCAUGGUGGACAGUCCCCGCCCCACCCGUGCCGAGGCGACGGACGUUGCCAACGCCGUUCUGGAUGGGACGGACGGCAUCAUGCUGGGUGCGGAGACGCUGAGAGGCCUGUAUCCCGUGGAGACCAUCACCACCAUCCGCAAGAUCUGUGCGGAGGCGGAGAAGGUGUUCAACCAGGCAGUGUACUUCAAGAGAACCAUCAAGGCCGUGAGGGAGCCGAUGCAGCAUCUGGAAUCGAUCGCGUCAUCCGCCGUGCGAGCUGCCUCGAAAGUGAGGGCGUCGGUGAUCGUGGUGUUCACUUCAUCAGGGCGCUGCGCACGCCUGAUUGCCAAGUACCGUCCCACCAUGCCAGUGCUAUGUGUGGUGAUUCCCAGGCUGACCACCAACCAUUUGAAGUGGAGCUUCACGGGCGCGUUCCAGGCUCGGCAAUGCCUGGCGGUUCGAGGACUGUUCCCGAUGUUGGCCGACCCUCGACACUCGUCGGACUCCGCCAGCACAACGAACGAAUCCAUUUUGAAGGUAGCGUUGGAUCACGGCAAGGCCGCAGGCAUUGUGAAGGCACAUGAUCGAAUCGUGGUGUGCCAAAAAGUUGGGGACUCGUCGGUGGUAAAAAUCAUCGAGCUAGAUUGAGCAGCGUUGGAACACAACGCACGCAUUUUUUUUAUAUAUUGUUUUUUGUGUUGAAUUUUGCACAGAUAUAGGUAGCCGCAGCGGUAGGGUUAAGCUGUGCUGAUUUUGCAACCACCGCAUGCGAUCUGCGAGGUGGAUAGAGACGUGGUGAAGGGUGAAGCUCGGGAAAUGUCGUGAGCUCGCAUCGUUACGCUUGAUGCGGGUCCAGUGGGAGUGAUACCCUCGGAUGGGUUGGUUGCGAGUAGAUAGUGUACUCAGAGACUAGAGAUCCGCACAUGCUGCUGUUCGUCUGGACCCACAGAGGCGUCGAGAGACUGAUACUGGGAUGAGCAAUAAAGUGGUGAUGUGAGCAUGUUUUGGACUAGGGAAUGGUGGCUGGUGUGGCGCAGUACAGCAGUGGACUCUGAGAGCAACAAACGUGGGGAUGGUGAGGUGGAUUGUAGUUGGUUGGGUGGAGGAGUGUGCUUCGUGAUGAAGAGAGGCGAUCUUAUGUUCUCUUGAGGCGGAGGUUGUGGGAAAGUAACUGCGUUGGGCUGCGAGGCCUGAUUCGUCCAUUUCUUUGUGGUUCUGUCUUUUGUUGCUGUAGCAGUCGGUCUUCAGCUCAAGGUCUUGUGCUAAUGUAGGGUUUGAUUCACUUUGAAAUGAAUCAUUGUUCUAGUAUGGACGUCAUUCCAUACUUUCUAUUCAAACACAAACGUAUACAUUUGAAUCCAAA